AUGAGUCAGAGCCAGGUCUCCAAGAAGCGAAAGUUCGUGGCCGAUGGCGUCUUCAAUGCUGAGCUGAACGAAUUCCUCGCGCGCACCCUGGGUGACUUGGCCGAUGAAUCGAGCUUCGACAAACCAGCUAUUGGCAUCUAUUGGCAUUCUGUUGGCAUUGGCUUGGGGCUUUGGGCAGAUUCAAGCGACCAGCCAAGAGGUGAAGACGGCUAUGCAGGUGUCGAGGUGCGCGUCACACCGAUCCGCACAGAGAUCAUCAUCCGUGCAACCAGGACUCGUGAGGUUCUGGGAGAGAAAGGCCGACGCAUUCGAGAGCUCACAGCCCUGGUGCAGAAGCGUUUCGGAUUCCCUGAGAACAGUGUGGAGCUCUUUGCCGAACGCGUGGAGAACCGCGCCAGCUGUGCCAUGGCCCAGUGCGAAUCCCUGCGCUUCAAACUCAUCGGCGGCCUGGCGGUGCGCCGCGCCUGCUACGGUGUCCUCAGGUUCAUCAUGGAGAACGGUGCCAAGGGCGUCGAGGUGAUCAUCAGCGGAAAGUUACGCGCCCAGCGAGCCAAGGCCAUGAAGUUCAGGCAGGGAUACCUCAUCUCCACGGGCGAGCCCAAGCGUCACUACAUCUCCGAAGCCGUCCGUCACGUGCAGAUGCGCCAGGGGACCAUCGGGAUUAAGGUGAAGAUCAUGAUGAGCCACGAUCCUGAGGGCAAGAUGGGUCCGAAGAUGCAGCUCCCUGACAACGUGGUGGUUCACGAGCCCAAGGCGUUGUGCGGAAGAGGCCCCACCGAUGAUGCCGCCCCAGGAAUCCGCCAUGGUGACGUCAUGGUCGCAAGACUCUUCCAACAUUUCUAA